CCACCGCAGCACGGGUGUCCCUGUCCUUUUCCCCACAGGACAACUGCCGGCUCUUCCCCAACAAGGACCAGCAGAACUCAGACACCGACUCCUUCGGGGACGCCUGCGACAACUGCCCCAACGUGCCCAAUAAUGACCAGCGGGACACCGACAGCAACGGCGAGGGGGACGCUUGUGAUAAUGACAUCGAUGGGGACGGGAUUCCCAACAUGCUGGACAACUGCCCCAAGGUGCCCAACCCUCUGCAGACGGACCGGGACGAGGACGGCGUUGGGGACGCUUGUGACAGUUGCCCUGAAAUGAGCAACCCCACUCAGACAGAUAUGGACAGCGACCUGGUAGGAGACAUCUGUGACACCAAUGAGGACAGCGAUGGUGACGGGCAUCAGGACACCAAGGACAACUGCGCCGAGGUCCCCAACAGCUCCCAGCUAGACUCAGACAACGACGGGCUGGGGGAUGACUGUGACAAUGACGAUGACAAUGAUGGCAUCCCUGACUACGUGGCGCCUGGCCCAGACAACUGCCGCCUCAUCCCCAACCCCAACCAGAAGGACUCGGACGGGAAUGGCGUGGGUGACGUGUGUGAGGAGGACUUUGACAAUGACACGGUGGUGGACCAGCUGGACGUGUGCCCCGAGAGCGCUGAGGUGACGCUGACUGACUUCCGCGCCUACCAGACCGUCAUCCUCGACCCUGAGGGGGACGCCCAGAUCGAUCCCAACUGGGUUGUCCUCAACCAG